CAUUCAUUCAUUCAUUCACCCGGUGUGAAUAGAGGUUUGUGAUUAAUUGUUUGUUCUGGAGUAAGAAUUUGAAUCUUGAUAACCUAGCUGAGUGACCUACUUGUUGGCAGCAAUAAACCACAUGUUCUGAAGGCACCUCUCUGAACCAACAUGACUAGAAAAAUGGUAGUUUUGGCAUCUCCUCCAACCCCUGGGAAGAGAAGCCAGUCUAACACCAGUACAGCAUAAAAGCAACAGUUGUUGCUGUGUUUGGCCUGAGCUUUCUGAAAUGCUAAAUGGCUUUUUGGGGUAUUUGUCAAGACAGUGACCUGAUGACAUGAUGACCUAACAGACACUCAGUAUCAGAAGCUGCCCCAACACAGACACAAGCUGCAGCAAACAAGGGAAGAUCUCUUUUCCUGGGAGUCCUGCUGGUUCACCUAACCAGUCACCUGGAAGGUGAGGGCUCACAUGCUUCACCAGGCAGGGCAGAGGGAAGAACUCACAGCAAUCACUGGUUUAAAUAGAAAGUAGUCUUUGAAGCAAAGAGCAGAAAACAGUCCUCUUUCCCAGCUGAGUGCCCAAAUUGCUGCCCUAUGGUUGUGCUCUCUCCUGCUCUCUGGUUCAAGGAAUCCUUAAUUAUUUAAUGUAAAACAAAAGCACUUUCUCAGGAGCAGCACAAAGUGCUCUGUCCAUCUCUCUGUCUCUGAGUACUGACAUAUGCAUGUGCAUACAUAAAGACUCCGGCACACAGAUGAAGAGGUUGCAAUUCUCUUGGGACACUGAAGAAGUCCUGAAGAUUGAUGGAGGGCCAUGCUAUUCAAACAGCAGGCGUUGCUGAGACAGAAGCUCUUUGUGCUAGGCAGCCUUGCUAUUGGAAGUCUCCUAUAUCUAGUUGCCAGAGUUGGGAGUUUGGAUAGACUGCAGCCCCUCUGCCCCAUUGAUGGUCGUUUUGGACCCCAUGGCCAGGACGAAAUCCCGUUGCGAGCCCUGCAGUUCAAGCGAGGUCUGCUCCAUGAAUUUCGAAAGGGCAAUGCCACCAAGGAACAAAUUCGACUGCACAAUCUGGUUCAGCAGCUUCCCAAGGCCAUUAUCAUUGGGGUGCGGAAAGGAGGCACCCGAGCACUACUGGAGAUGCUGAACCUUCACCCUGCAGUGGUCAAAGCUUCUCAAGAGAUUCACUUCUUUGACAAUGAUGAAAACUAUGCCAAGGGAAUUGAGUGGUAUCGGAAAAAAAUGCCUUUUUCUUACCCUCAUCAAAUAACAAUUGAGAAAAGCCCCGCAUAUUUUAUCACUGAGGAAGUACCUGAAAGGAUUUACAAAAUGAACUCAUCUAUCAAAUUAUUGAUCAUUGUCAGGGAACCUACCACCAGAGCUAUUUCUGAUUACACUCAGGUGCUGGAAGGCAAGGAAAGAAAGAACAAAACUUACUACAAAUUCGAGAAGCUGGCUAUUGAUCCUAAUACCUGCGAAGUGAACACUAAGUAUAAGGCAGUGAGAACCAGCAUCUACACAAAACAUCUGGAGAGGUGGUUAAAAUACUUCCCAAUCGAGCAAUUUCAUAUCGUGGACGGAGACCGGCUCAUCACGGAGCCACUGCCAGAGCUCCAGCUGGUUGAGAAGUUCCUAAAUCUUCCUCCGAGGAUAAGUCAGUACAAUUUAUACUUCAAUGCCACCAGAGGGUUUUACUGCUUGCGAUUUAACAUUGUCUUUAACAAGUGCCUGGCGGGUAGCAAGGGACGCAUCCAUCCAGAGGUGGAUACCUCUGUCAUAACCAAAUUGCGCAAGUUCUUCCAUCCUUUUAAUCAAAAAUUUUACCAGAUCACGGGGAGGACAUUUAACUGGCCCUAAAUUAACUUCAUACAACACUUUCCGUUGCACCUGAGGCAUGCAAUAGGAUGCCUCCGCUGAAAUAUGCACUUUUCAUAGAUACGGCUAGCAAAGUAACUUUUUUCAUGCAUAUGUGUACAUAAUGCAGUGUGUGACCAAAUAUAUGGUGGGAUCGAUUUUUUCUACAGAGUAGUAACUAACAUAAAUUUACUGUCAAUAUAGUUGCAUCUUUUAAGAUAUAAUAAUAAAGGGAAAGGAAGUAUUUAGGGAAACAGUCAGACAGUGUUAAAAGGGUCAGUGUUCCUCUUGCUUAGUGAGGUGUUUAUGUGACAUACUUAUUGAUCUAAGCAGAACAUUAGUUUAUGCCAUAAAAAUUCUUGUCAAAAGUCUGUAAAGCUGUGAGAAAACAUAAUCUUGAAGCUAUAUUUGGUAUGUGUAUUGCUAAAGGAAUACUGACACUUUAAACACAGUGCUGCAUUUUUACAAUGAGAGUGAAUAGUACUAUUUUCUUAUUAUUUUAAAUGAAUAUCUUAUCUCAUACAAACUACUUUGUUUUAGAGUUCCUGUGGUGAGUUUGCACUAUUGUUUUAUUGUAUGGACCAUAGUGUCACUUGUAGCAUGUCAAUCAUGUGUCAAGAAAGGUCAAAUAAUUUUUUCUUCUAUACUUGUGUGUUGACAAAGCUAAACAUGCUGUACAUAGUGUACAAUGUUUGUAAAUACUGGUUUCACACUAAGUAAUUCUAUUUUGUAAACUGAAUAUGGCUAUUUAAUUUAUUGUGAAAAUUAAAUUUAUUGUGGUAUUUAAAAAUGGAAUGGAUUAAAAUUACCUAUAUGUGCAA